AAUAUCACCGCCCUUUAAAAAAGUAUACUUCACCACAUAAGAAAAUGCAAAGAAAAAGAAGGAAAGCCAUAGUUUACCGAAUCCUUCAAAUUCAACUCGUUAACGCGCUAUCAGCCAUGGUUUGGCUUUCAGACCAAGUCCUGAAUCUGAUCAAAGAACCUUAUUUGAAAUCAAAUCUUCUAUUUCAAUUCAAGCAUGCACUAAUCUUAGCUAGGGUUCAACCCUAUAACCCAAUCUGCAAGACAAAGAAACCCCCCAUCAACUAUUCUAUUCACAAAUCCCCCUUUUUUUUCUUUCUGGAAACUUUUGUAAAUCGCUUAAAGAAAUUAGAACUCCAUUGGUUGUUGGGUAUUUUCGUAACGUUCACUUUUACCUGCUCAUAUAAAUGGGAAAGAAGUCGGGAGGUUGGCUCACACUCUUGAAAGAUCACACAAAGCUCCACAGAUCGCAGAAAUCGAAGGACUGGAACAUGGCUAGCAGCAGUGUCACGUCAACCAACAUCAUACAAAAUCAUGAUUUCUCUAAUGGCUUGCAUUCAUGGUACACAAACUCUUGUGAUGGCGUUGUGGUUGAAAAACAAUCCACUCGUUAUGCAGUAAUUGCAAACAGGAAAGAAACUUGGCAAGGAUUAGAACAAGAUAUUACAACCAGAAUUUCACCAGGUUUAACUUACACACUAAUUGCACAUGUUGGAGUUUCGGCUGAACAUCCACAUCUCCAUCUCCAUAGCCAUGCUGAUGUCAUCGCCACCCUUAAACUUGAAUAUCAUGGAUCAGAAACAAAGUAUAUGCAAAUCACAAGGACUUCUGUUUCCAAAGAGAGGUGGGAGAAGUUAGAGGGGACAUUUGUGCUGCCCGAGAAGCCUGACCGAGUUGUGUUAUAUUUAGAAGGGCCUGCCCCAGGAGUCAACAUUCUCAUAGAAUCCUUGGUGGUCACUUGUGCUACUUCUCAUGGUAUAGUUGAAGGAUGUAAUGUUGUUGAAGAUGAAAACAUCAUAUUGAACCCUAACUUUGAAGAUGGAGUUAAUAAUUGGUCUGGAAGAGGGUGUACGAUUGCUCGACAUGACUCCAUGGGCGAGGGCAAAAUCGUACCAAAAUUCGGAAAGUAUUUUGCAUCAACAACACAACGCACACAAAAUUGGAAUGGAAUUCAACAAGAUAUUAGUGGAAGAGUUAAACGAAAGCUUGCUUAUAGUGUUAUUGCUACAGUUAGAAUCUUUGGCAAUAAUGUCACAAGUGCCGACAUUCGAGCUACUUUAUGGGUCCAAACCCCCGAUUCCCGUGAACAAUAUAUCGGCAUCGCCACUGCGCAAGCAACAGACAAGGAAUGGAUGCAGUUGGAAGGAAAGUUUCUUUUAAAUGGUUCCGCGUCAAAGGUAGUGGUAUAUCUUGAAGGCCCGCCACCUGGCGUUGAUAUUCUCCUAAACAGUUUGGUGGUUAAACAUGCUGAAAAAAACCCCCCUUCACCUCCACCAUAUAUCGAGAAUGUAGAUUAUGGAGUUAAUAUUAUUACAAACAGCGAUCUUCGUGAAGGAACAAACGGUUGGUUUCCUCUGGGGAAUUGUGCGUUAGGUGUGACAACCGGGUCCCCUCAUGUACUCCCUCCAACAGCUCGAGACACCCUGGGCCCACAUGAGUCAUUAAGUGGACACGGUAUUCAUGCAACCAAUCGGACCCAGACCUGGAUGGGUCCCGCCCAAAUGAUUACGGACAAAAUUAAGCUUUUUGUCACGUACCAAGUAUCGGCUUGGGUUCGAUUGGGUCAUGGGUCGAGUGGGUCCCAUAAUGUAAAUGUGGCUCUUGGUGUGGAUAACCAGUGGGUCAACGGUGGUCAAGUUGAAGUCAAUGAUGACAGGUGGCAUGAAAUAAGCGGUUCUUUUCGAAUCGAAAAGGAAUUUGGAAAAAUUAUGGUUUAUGUUCAAGGGCCCGCUCCCGGAAUCAGUUUUAUGCUUGCCGGAUUCCAAAUCUUUCCCGUUGACCGCAAAGCAAGAUUUAAACAAUUAAAACAACAAACUGAUAAGAUUCGUAAACAAGACGUCACGCUAAAGUUCUCAAACUUGGAUGAAAGCAAUAUGCAAGGAAAAAUGGUAAUAAUCAAACAAAUACAAAAUAGUUUUCCAAUCGGAUCAUGCAUUAGUAGAUCAAACAUCGACAACGAAGAUUUCGUUUCGUUUUUUCUAAAACAUUUCAAUUGGGCCGUGUUUGGAAACGAACUUAAAUGGUAUUGGACCGAAUCACAACAAGGCAAUUUCAACUACCGAGACGCUGACGAUCUUCUCGAAUUUUGUAACCGUAACAACAUUCCCGUUCGUGGGCACUGUAUCUUUUGGGAGGUAGAAGACACGGUCCAAAAUUGGGUAAAAAAUCUAAGUAAAAGCGACCUAGCAAUAGCUGUAAAUAAUCGUUUAACCGGACUUUUAAACCGAUACAAAGGUAAAUUUAAACAUUAUGAUGUAAACAACGAGAUGCUUCACGGGUCUUUUUACCGUGACCGAUUAGGGAACGAAAUUAGACCGAAUAUGUUUAAAAUUGCAAAUAAACUCGACCCGUCGUCCGUUUUAUUUGUGAAUGAUUACCAUGUUGAAGACGGGUGUGACACGAGAUCGUCACCCGAGAAAUACAUUGACCAAAUCUUUGACCUUCAAGAACACGGUGCACCGGUUGGUGGAAUCGGGGUUCAAGGGCACAUUGAUUCUCCGGUGGGUUCGAUUGUGGGCUCGAAUCUUGACAAAUUGGGGCUAACCGGACUCCCGAUUUGGUUCACGGAGCUCGAUGUUUCGUCUGUGAAUGAGCAUGUGAGGGCGGAUGAUUUGGAGGUUAUGAUGCGGGAAGCUUUUGUGAACCCGGGUGUUGAGGGGAUUGUGUUUUGGGGGUUUUGGGAGUUGUUUAUGAGUAGAGAGAAUUCGCAUUUGGUUAAUGCGGAAGGGGAGGUUAAUGAAGCUGGGAGGAGGUUUAUUGAGGUUAAAAAGGAAUGGCUUUCGCAUGCUCAUGGGUUUAUUGAUGAGGAAAAUGAAUUUCGGUUUCGGGGAUUUGAAGGGAGUUAUGAGGUGGAGAUUGUUGGGAUUUGUGAAAAGAUUGUGAAGACGUUUGUGGUUGAAAAGAGUGGUUCGGAGGUGGUGGUGUCGAUUAGGUUGUAAUAAGUUGUGUCAAUUGAAUGAAAUAGAAAUAAAUAUCUAUAUCUGUAUCUUGUAUCUGAAAUUUCGAGAUUUGUGAAAAAUCAUAAACUAAGCAAUGCCUACUUGGUUAUAGGUGUUGGGGGAAUUGGAAGAUCUCAAAUUUGUGUUCAUAAAUGCUGU